AGUUAAUUUUUAGUUGAGAGGAUUUAAUUUUUUAAUUAUUAUAUUUUGUUAACUAAUAAAAAUAAAAAUUGUGAUUUCUAAGAAACAAAGUGGUGGUUUUCAAUGAACGACGCUUUUAAAGUCAUUGCAACUUGACGGAUAUUUUUUUUUUUAACAAAACUUUGAUGUAAAACAAUAAUUAAAUGAUUUUUUUAAUUAACUUUUUAUUUGAUCGGCCAAAUUUAUUUUUAUACAUAUUUUGUUGACAAAUUAUUUAUACCGAGAAUAAAUCGAGUAACUGAUGACUCUACGGAGGUAUCGUCAUUAAACAUUCCGAAGAGUAUAAUUUAAUUACCGAAAAAACGAACGAGUGAGGGCGAGCAAUCAUGGCAGUAGGAGUUUUUCCAGCAUUUAAAUUAGGAGUUUUGUUUUUGAAACAAAUAAGUAAACCAAUAGCAAAACUUCUUGUUUCACAAGCUAAAAAUCAUCCAGUAUUUAGGACAUAUUUUAUUAUUCCACCAGCUCAAU